AUGUCUAGCGAAAAAACUCAGAUCCUCGGAAAAACAGAACUUCAAAAAAUUAUAUCACUCACUAGGGAAUUUUUAAACAAAGUUAUCGAAUGCAUUUAUUACAGCCGCUGUCCUGGCGAAAUUGCAGAUUUUAGAGAAGAUGAUUUCCAAUUUUCCUUAAAAAUUCCAAGGUCUCAAUCACUAAGGCAAUUAACAUCAUCACAUAAGAUCCAUGGAUUUGUAAAACUCGAUAUAAUCAUUGUAAAUCCAGACAAAUUGCUCGAAAGAUGGAUUAUUGAACAUCGGCCAUUAUCAAAACAAGAAAGUGAAGUAUUUACGCAGCAUUAUUCAACUGAGGAAAAACAUUUAAUUUAUCAAAAAUUUUCGAGUUGUUUAAGAAGCGUUUUUUGUAUAUUAAACGCCCUUCCUGCACAGAGUAUCGCGCUAAAUCUCAAAAAUUAUACUGCUCAAGAUAGAAAAAUUUCUGCUUUAUGCGGAGAUUUCAAAAUGUUAGAAGAUCAAAGAUUUUCACUCGACGAAGGGCAUACAAAGCAAGUCGCUCUACCGCCUGUUUUGACUCCAGUUGGAAAAACAAUUAUCAGAUGUCAAUAUCUAAAAGAGCCAGAAAAAGAACUUGUGCCUAUUAUUAAUAUUACAAAGGGUACUUCAUCUAGUAGCAGUACGAGCGAUAGCGUUCAGCCAUUACAAGUUGAAGAGCCAAGUUCAACAUCCCCUGCUUCUUACGAAUGGUACGGAUAUGAUCCAAACGUCCCAGUUGACUACGGUUCUUAUGUUACAUCCCCAAUGGAAACCGAAUUUAUUAGUCCAGAUGAAAAUUAA